CCGCCGCGAUGACAACUCUGGCUGGAGCUGUCCCCAGGAUGAUGAGACCCGGGGCCGGGCAGAACUAUCCCCGCAGCGGGUUCCCGCUGGAAGUCUCUACUCCUCUAGGCCAGGGCAGAGUCAAUCAGCUCGGAGGAGUGUUUAUCAAUGGCAGGCCUUUACCCAACCAUAUCCGACACAAGAUAGUGGAGAUGGCCCACCAUGGCAUAAGGCCCUGUGUCAUCUCUCGCCAGCUGCGAGUGUCCCACGGCUGCGUCUCCAAAAUUCUCUGCAGGUACCAGGAGACGGGCUCCAUCCGGCCGGGGGCCAUUGGCGGCAGCAAGCCCAAGCAGGUGACGACGCCGGAUGUUGAGAAGAAAAUUGAGGAAUACAAGCGGGAAAACGCGGGCAUGUUCAGCUGGGAGAUCCGGGACAAGCUGCUGAAGGACGGUGUAUGUGACCGCAACACGGUGCCGUCAGUGAGCUCCAUCAGCCGCAUCCUGCGGAGCAAGUUUGGGAAAGGUGAGGAAGAGGAGGCCGAGCUGGAAAGGAAGGAGGUGGAGGAAGGCGACAAGAAGGCCAAGCACAGCAUUGACGGCAUCCUCAGUGAAAGAGCAUCAGCACCCCAGUCUGAUGAAGGCUCUGACAUUGAUUCUGAACCAGAUUUACCUUUAAAAAGAAAGCAGCGUCGCAGCAGAACAACCUUCACGGCAGAGCAACUGGAAGAGCUGGAAAGAGCUUUUGAGAGGACACACUACCCUGAUAUUUAUACUAGGGAAGAACUUGCUCAAAGAGCCAAACUCACAGAGGCUCGUGUCCAGGUCUGGUUUAGUAACCGGCGUGCUAGAUGGAGGAAACAGGCAGGAGCCAACCAACUGAUGGCUUUCAACCAUCUGAUCCCAGGAGGAUUUCCACCCAGUGCCAUGCCAACUUUGCCGACGUACCAGCUCUCUGAGCCCUCUUAUCAACCCACCUCAAUACCGCAAGCCGUGUCUGAUCCAAGCAGUACCGUCCAUAGACCUCAGCCUCUCCCUCCAAGCACUGUACACCAAAGCAGCCUCCCUUCAAAUCCAGAGAGCAGCUCUGCCUAUUGCCUACCCAGCACCAGGCAUGGAUUUUCCAGCUAUACAGACAGCUUUGUGCCUCCAUCCGGGCCCUCAAAUCCCAUGAACCCUGCCAUUGGCAAUGGCCUUUCACCUCAGGUAAUGGGACUCUUGACUAACCACGGCGGUGUGCCUCACCAGCCCCAAACUGAUUAUGCCCUGUCCCCUUUAACUGGGGGUCUGGAGCCCACCACCACUGUCUCAGCCAGCUGCAGCCAGCGGCUAGAUCAUAUGAAGAGUUUAGACAGCCUGCCUACAUCCCAGUCCUACUGCCCACCAACCUACAGCUCCACAGGUUACAGCAUGGACCCCGUCACAGGCUACCAGUAUGGACAGUAUGGACAAAGUGCCUUUCAUUAUCUGAAGCCAGAUAUCGCAUAAAUGAACUGUCCACUUCAAGUUAAACCUGGUAUUGUCUUCCGGUCUCACUCCAAGGCUUGGAUACAAGUGAUCUUCUCAACACACUGCAGU